UAAACCUGAGGGUUUAAAAGGCCCCAGGAUCUUCUCUCUAUUUCAGUUGACCUUCCCAACUGGCUUCAGCAUGCAGGGGCUGCUGGUUUUGAGUCUCCUGCUGGGGGCUGUCCUUGGCAAAGAUGACUUUGUGGGGCACCAGGUGCUCCGAAUCUCUGCGGCCAAUGAAGCCCAGGUGCAGAAGGUGGUGGAGCUGGAGGAGCUGGAGCAUCUGCAGCUGGACUUCUGGCGGGGCCCCGGCCAGCCUGGCUCCCCCAUCGACCUCCGAGUGCCCUUCCCCAGCCUCCAGGCCGUCAAGGUCUUCCUGGAGGCCCACGGCAUCAAGUACACGAUCAUGAUCGACGACGUGCAGACGCUGCUGGACGAGGAGGAGGAGCAGAUGACCGCCUUCAAGACCCGGGCCGCCUCCACCGACACCUUUAACUACAACGUCUACCACAACCUGGACGAGAUCUAUGGCUUCAUGGACAUGCUGGUGGCUGAGCACCCGGGGCUUGUCAGCAAGCUCGAGAUCGGCAAAACCUACGAAGCCCGUCCCAUCUACGUGCUGAAGUUCAGCACCGGGGGAAACAACCGCCCCGCCAUCUGGAUCGACACGGGCAUCCACUCCCGGGAGUGGGUCACUCAGGCCAGCGGGAUCUGGUUUGCAAAGAAGAUCACACAGGACUACGGCAACGACCCGGGCUUGACCGCCAUUCUUGACAGCAUGGACAUCUUCCUAGAGAUUGUCACCAAUCCUGAUGGUUUUGUCUUCACCCACAAGAAGAACCGCUUGUGGCGCAAGACUCGCUCCCUCACGGCAGGCUCCUCCUGUGUCGGGGUGGACCCCAACCGGAACUGGGAUGCUGGCUUUGGGAAGACCGGAGCCAGCAGCAACCCCUGCACUGAGACUUACCACGGCAAGUUUGCCAAUUCCGAAUCCGAGGUCAAGUCCAUCGUGGACUUUGUGAAGAGCCAUGGGAACUUCAAGGCCUACAUCUCCAUCCACAGCUACUCCCAGCUCCUCCUCUAUCCCUAUGGCUACACAAAGGACCCCGCCGCGGACGACGCUGAGCUGGAAGGGCUGGCCAAGUCUGCCGUGACGGCCCUGGCCUCUCUGUAUGGGACCAAGUACAAGUACGGCAGCAUCUUCAAAGCAAUCUACGUAGCCAGUGGAAGUUCCAUCGACUGGGCCUACAACCAGGGCAUCAAGUACUCCUUCACCUUUGAGCUCCGCGACACCGGGCGCUACGGCUUCCUGCUGCCGGCCUCCCAGAUCGUGCCCACGGCCCAGGAGACCUGGCUGGGGCUCCAGACCAUCAUGAACUACACUCGGACGCACCUCUACUGAGCUGGCCCCGCGCGCUCUCCCCUCUAGCCUCCCGGCAACCAAAUAAAGCUCCAGUGUACAUGGAACAGGAUCUCGGGAUGUGCAUGUGGGAA